AUGAAUCAAGGAUAUCAACUCGGAGUUGAUGUCGGCGGCACCUUCACCGACGUCUAUGUCUUCACUCCUCACGGCCAAAUCGUCCGCGCCAAAGUCCCAACCACAAUCCCAGACCAAAGCAUUGGCAUUCAUAACGGCAUCGCCAAAGCCCGAGAAAUCCUCAAGGCCCAAUUCAACUGGUCUGGAAAGUUCCAGUUCAUCCACCACGGCACCACAACAGCCACCAAUGCUGUCCUAGAGGGCAAAGGAGCGCGUACCGCGCUCGUGGUCACAGCCGGCCACAAAGAUAUUCUGGCCCUGCGUCGGUCUCAGAUCCCAGGCGGUCUAGGUGCCUGGCUAUACUUCACUCCACCAGAGCCCAUUGUCCCUCUGGAACGGGUCGUGCAAUGCAAGGAGCGAAUGUCGGUGCAGGGAGAGACUGUCACGGCUGUGGAUAUUGAGGAUCUGCGACGGAGCUUGCGAGCGUUGGCGGGACAGAAUCCCGAAGCCGUCGCCAUUUCCCUCUUGAAUUCACACAGUAAUGACUCUCACGAACGAGUGGUGGAAGGGAUCGUCCGCGAGGAGCUCGGCUCUGAUGUGGCCGUUAUAUGUUCUGCUGAUGUAUUGCGCGAGGUUGGCGAGUACGAGCGAACGGUCACGACCUGUACCAAUGCGCUGGUGAAACCUGUGGUCCAGACAUAUCUGCGGAAUCUUGCUGAUAUGCUCAUGACCGAAAGUGAUACUAUCCGGGUCCUCAAGAGCGACGGUGGCCUAACCAGCUUGACGCUGGCAGGGGAAUUACCUGUCAAUAUCCUCAUGUCGGGACCAGCUGGAGGUGUCGCAGGCGUGGCAGACAUCGUGGCUCGAAAUACCCCGUAUAAGGACCUAAUCACUCUGGACAUGGGUGGUACCUCGACAGACUGUGCUCUGAUUUAUAAGGGCCAGCCUCAGCUGCGACGGGAAACAACCAUCGACAACCUGUCUGUUCGCUCUCCGGCCGUCGAUAUCCACACCGUCGGAGCUGGUGGAGGCUCGAUUGCGACAUAUAUGGAGCUCACGGAGACGUUGCGGGUGGGCCCUGAAAGUGCAGGCGCAUCACCAGGACCUGCAUGCUAUGGAAAUAAUGGAAGUCAGGCGACGGUCACGGAUGCAAUGCUGGUUCUGGGAUAUUUACCUCAAACCUUGUUAGGAGGGGACUUUGUGUUGGAUGUGAAGGCGGCAAUUGCGGCCGUAGAGAACAUCGCGUCACAAAUGAACCUCCCCGUCUCCCAGAUUGCAGAAGACAUUAUCGCUCUCACCAACGAAACUAUUUACGGGGCACUGCGUCUAGUUUCCGUGGAGCAGGGGUAUGAUCCUCGAGAAUUUGCUCUAGUGGCUUUCGGCGGCGCUGGACCCCUGCAUGCGAACGCCGUUGGUCAACUACUAGGGGCAUGGCCAGUGAUCAUUCCUCCUUCGCCGGGUAUCCUGUGCGCUCAGGGCGAUGUGACAACCAAGAUGAGCCACGAGAAAUCUGCUACGUUUAUUCAGUUGGUGUCCGAAACGACCGCAGCCGAAGUUCGAGACCAGUAUUCUACGCUAGAGAAGCAGUGCCGGGAAACCCUACAGAGAUCUUCAAUUUCAUCGUGGCCUAUGACAUGGAAGGCCCAAUACCAGGCCGACCUCAGGUACAAGGGCCAGGCGUUGACAAUCACGGUCGACCUGGAGGCAGAUGAGCUGGCUAUCAGCACUGACGUGUGGCGUGCUGCGUUACGGGAGAAAUUUGACCGCCAGCACCAGCAGCUUUUCACCUACUGCCUACCGGAUUUUGAAUUAGAAUUGAUGCGGCUAGGAGUUGUACUGAUCGAUGACUCUCCUGUCAUUGAUAUCCCACAGAUUGAAAAGGCAUUGUCCACCGAGCCCUCCCCAGCAGCUAAGAUUGGGGAGCAGACCAUCAUCGUCCAAGGCCAGCAGCAAAAGGCUACACUCUGGGAUCGCUCAAAGAUCACUCAAAAGGGUGUCCAGGUAACCGGGCCAUGCAUCAUCACAGAGAUGGAUAGCAACACGUUGAUUCUGCCUGGUUACUACGGAGAGAUAGACAGCAUCGGGAAUAUUCUGAUCAACCCGUUAGACAAAAAGCCCUCGAUUUCGAGCAGCCAUACACCCCAGUCGGCCAGUGAUCUCGUCAAAAGCACUCCUCUAAUUCCUACCUUGAUAUCUGCAGCUCUUGCCUCCAUCCGAGGCGAGAUGGAUAAGAUGAUGCUACGGUGUAGCAUGUCGCCAGCCAUUCGAGAGCAACAAGACGAAUUCAAUGUUAUUACAAACAGUAAAGGAAAGAUGCUUGUUGGCCAGUUUGGCAGUUUCAUCACCCAGUUCCUCGAAGUUUGGCAUGGCACCAUCGAGGAAGGCGAUAUAUUCGUCACCAAUGACACCUACCAGGUGCAGGGGGCAAUCAGUCAUCUAAAUGACGUGAUUGUAUUAUUGCCCAUCUUCUACGAGCAUCGAAUCAUCGGCUGGGCCUCGCAGUUCGGCCACUUGACGGACGUCGGUGGUAUGGUUCCCGGGAGCAUGUCUAUUAACGCCACCUCAGUGUUCGACGAUGGUGUCCAAAUCCCCUGCGUCAAGCUAUACAGUCGCGGCGUUAUGAACUCCGAUCUAGUGGAGCUUUUGUGCCGAAACUCCCGUCAGCCCGCGUGGUACCGCUCCGAUCUAACAGCCAUUGUAGCGGCAUGUUCUAUGGCCGCUAGACGAGUUUACGAGUUAGCAACCCGUUUUGGCUGUGAAGUUUACCUGGCUGCCUCUGAUGAGCUAUUGCACCGGAAUCGCAGCGGACUAGCAAAGAUUAUCGAACGACAGUUUGACGACAAAGAGAGCAAAUUCACGGACUUUGUUGACGACGAUGGCCACGGGGUCGGACCUUGGGCUCUCAGCUGCUCUAUGAAAAAGAUUGACGGUCACCGGCUGCUGUUUGACUGGAACGGGACUUCUCCACAAAGCCGGCACAGUAUCAACUUUUAUCUGUCGGAGACUAUGUUCAAAAUGUUCAUUGGGUACUAUCUUAUCGCGGCUGCUGCCCCGGGGACCGUCAUCAACGAUGGGUUCCACGACCUUAUCGAUGUGCAUAUCCCUGAAGGCACAGUGCUUAAGCCUGUCCGGCCCGCGCCAAUCUCUUGCCGUACCCAUCUCAUGGGUCGUACACUCGAUAUUGUCCAAGCCCUAAUCGGCCAAAAGAACGAAGCUUACCAAGCCGCAGCCGGAUUUAGUGACUCGCCUCACUUCUUUUAUUCCGGGUUCAAACCUAACGGCGAGUGGUAUCAGCUUUAUCAAAUCGGAUUCGGAGGUGUCCCUGCACGCCAGGCCGGCGACGGUCCCGAUUGUCACUGCCUUUUCCCUGCGAUCAAGUCCAUCCCUACCGAAAGCAUUGAGCUCAAUUAUCCAUUACGUAUUGAAGCCAAUGAAAGCGUCGCUGACAGUGGCGGUCCUGGGUUCCACCGUGGCGGAAACGCCCAACGCACACAAUAUCGGUUCCUGUGCCGUGGUGAAUUCAGUCUCCACGAUGAUCGGUGGUUUACCAAGCCAUGGGGUCUGAAAGGUGGGAAACCAGGCCAGCGAUCACGCAAGACCUUGUACCGGUACUCCAAGUCAGCUGAAAACCCACCCAUUGAAAUUCUGCCAUCAAAAUGUGACCAUAUCCGCGUUGACAUCGGUGAUCUCCUCGAGUGGGUGACCUGGGGCGGAGGCGGGCUGGGCGAUCCUUUGACGCGACCUGCAGAAAAGGUCGCCCUUGAAGUCCAUCGCAAGCUUGUUACGGUGGAUGGAGCGCGCAACGGAUAUGGCGUUAUCGUUAACAGCGAUUUUACAGUUGACUAUCCGUCAACUGAACAGCUGCGGACCAGGAUGCGCUUGGAGCGUGCUCAGAUUGGAGAACUUCCGAUUUACGAUCGCGGUGGAAGCAUCGAGGAGUUGCGGGAAACAUGUCUUGCAGAGACGGGGCUUGCUGCCCCUUCGCCUCAAUGGGAGGUUGAACUGUAUGGGCCUCAUGCAGGAAAGGAGUAUGUCAAGACAUGGUACGCCGACAUGAAAGUUCAGAACGGGUGGCAAAUCGACUAG